AUGUCAGACAUUCUGUUCUGUUCUCCGGACAAGAAGAUAUUCUUGCUCGACAUUCCACGCUCAAUAGAAAGCAGUCAAGGUGGAGGACGUGUUCGUUCCGCUCUACCGCUUCAGGUUCCUCACGUUACCCCUGAACCGAAAGGCAAGAAGCGUGAAGUAUUGCUGAGUCAAGUGCCGGUCAAGGAACUCGUUUACCAGCAACGGAUCGAAGAGAAUAUUGAUGCGGCAUGGCGCAGUAUAGCAGCAGCUUUCGAGCAAAAGGCAUGGUGUCUACCACCUAGUCAAGGGCACGAUGCAAGCCCUCAUAUCCCGGUAGUGCUUUCAUCCACACAGAAUGACUUUGAAGCAGUACGUGAAGUGCAGGACGACAUCAUUGUGAAUAGCGCUGGCCCGACAUGCAUUGCUAUCCUGGAGAUAGAGACGACCAUUGUGGUUCCUAGUCACUGCACGUUUAUCUGGAGCAGGAUUCAACAUGGGUUGGACGUCAUGCUAGAGUAUGAAUGUUCAAGCAAUUCUCGCCUCCAAUUUGAUAUAAUCCUCAUGGAUCCACCUUGGCCGAACAGAUCAGUGCAUGAACACUAUGCUACGAUGAAACAUCGAGAACAAAAUGCGUACGUGGACGCUCUGAAGAUCGUACAGCACUUCCACGCUCCAGAACGCUACGUUGCAACUUGGAUCACGAACAAACCUGCAAUUCGUAGGCAAGUCCAGGCUUCGAUGAUGUCUCUGGGUUUCACUCUGCAGGAGGAAUGGAUAUGGACAAAGACUACGACAGCAGGUGAGUUUGUGGUACCCUUGAAUGGUCUAUGGAGGAAGCCAUACGAGAUUCUGCUUCUCUUUAAGCACAAAGCUUCCGCUUGUUCUCCCCUUCGUCGCAUCUUGUUUGCUGUACCAGACAUGCAUUCUCGCAAACCGAAUCUCAAAACUCUGUUUGAUAUGCUCAUUGGAAAGUCCUGCGUGCUUGAAUUAUUCGCCAGAAAUUUGACUGCUGGCUGGUGGAGCUUAGGUGACGAGGUGCUGAAAUACCAGGACGGCAACCUCUGGCAUGAGCUUGCAGAUGGAACAUUGUGCUAG